GGUGCCUGCACGGCCUUCCGAUAGGGUACUCCGGCGGCGGCGAGGUUGAGGAGGACGGGGGAGGGGGUUGGUGGCGCUGGGGUCAGGCUCCGCCCGUGCCGCCCGAUAGGGUCGACGUGGGGCUCCUGAUGCAGUUUCUACUUGAAUAAGUUCGGAUUAAGAAUAGAAAAGGCAGGCACUACUCCGAUACAAUGCCAUAACUUUGCCUCGCUGUGCAGAAUUGUCUUUAGCCUCACUCAAUCCACGACCAUGCCCAAAAAGAAGCUGCUACCUUUUGUAUGCUUCCUACUCGUGGGCCUCAACCUUGUAGCCCUCACCGCCGGUGACGAUCACCAGCUCAUGUAUUCCGGCUUCGCCGGCAGCAACCUCAUCCUCGACGGCGCAGCCACCGUCACGGCGAGUGGCCUCCUCGAGCUCACCAACGGCACACUCCGGCUCAAAGGCCAUGCCAUCUACCCCACGCCGCUGCGCUUCCGCGACGCGUCCAACGGUGGCGCGACGACGAGGUCCUUCUCCACCUCCUUCGUGUUUGGCAUUCUCUCCGCCUACCCCGACGUGAGCGCCAACGGCAUCGCCUUCUUCGUCGCGGCGAGCAAGGACAUCUUCUCCGGCGCCAUGGCGGCGCAGUACCUCGGCCUCCUCAACGGCACCAACAACGGCAACGCGACCAACCGCGUCUUCGCCGUCGAGCUCGACACCAUGCAGAACAACGAGUUCGGGGACAUCAGCGACAACCACGUCGGGAUCGACAUCAACAGCCUCAUCUCGGCGAACUCUACCAACGCCGGCUACUACGGCGACGGCGACGGCGAAUUCCACAGCCUGACGCUAAUCAGCCACGAGGCGAUGCAAGCGUGGGUAGAUUACAACAGCGAGACCAAGAAGAUCAACGUGACCCUGGCUCCCCUCAAGAUGGGCAAACCUGCCCGGCCUCUGCUCUCGGCAACACACGACCUCUCAACGGUGAUCCCGGACAUGGCAUACAUCGGCUUCUCGUCUUCGACAGGAUUAGUCAACUCAAGACACUAUGUUCUUGGAUGGAGCUUUGCUAUGGAUGGGCCUGCACCGGACAUCGACAUCGCCAAGCUGCCAAAGCUACCUCGUGAGUUCCCAAAGCCAAGAUCCAAGGUCAUGGAAAUCAUCCUACCAAUAGUCACUGCAGCAGUGGUCCUUUUUGUGGGCACGGUUCUUGUUCUACUUAGGCGAAGGCAGCUAAGGUACACUGAACUGAGGGAAGAUUGGGAAGUCGAUUUCGGACCGCAUCGGUUCUCGUACAAGGAUUUAUUCCGUGCCACGGAAGGGUUCAAGAACAAGAAUCUAUUGGGGGUAGGAGGGUUUGGAAAAGUAUACAAGGGAGUUCUUUCGGUGUCUAAAUGCGAGAUCGCCGUGAAGAGGGUGUCACACAACUCGAAGCAGGGCAUGAAGGAAUUUGUUGCUGAGAUUGUUAGCAUUGGGCGCAUGCAGCAUCCUAACCUUGUUCAGUUACUCGGCUAUUGCCGUCGAAAAGGUGAAUUGCUUCUUGUAUAUGAGUACAUGUCGAAUGGGAGCCUGGACAAGUUUUUGUAUUGCCAAGGGGAAAAGGCUACUCUAAACUGGAUUCAGAGGCUUGGUAUCAUCAAAGGCAUCGCAUCAGGCUUGAUCUACCUCCAUGAGGAAUGGGAGAAGGUUGUCGUCCACCGGGACAUCAAGGCGAGCAAUGUGUUACUUGACAGUAGUAUGAAUGGUCGAUUAGGAGAUUUUGGACUUGCUAUGUUGUAUGACCACAGUGAAAACCCACAAACCUCUCAUGUUGUUGGCACCAUAGGAUACCUUGCCCCUGAGCUUGGCCGCACCAGUAAGGCGACCACUUCGACCGACAUAUUUGCCUUUGGCGUAUUCGUUCUUGAGGUCAUUUGUGGGCAAAAGCCCAUCAUGCAGGAUUCAGAAGACAACCAACUCAUGCUGGUCGAUUGGGUGGUCGAGCAUUGGAACCGAACAUCGCUAACUGAUACGGUGGAUGCUAAGCUCCAAGGUGACUACAAUGUUGAUGAGGCAUGCAUAGCACUAAAAGUAGGGUUGUUGUGCUCUCAUCCCUUCCCUGAAGCAAGGCCCAGUAUGCGGCAAGUCCUGCAAUACCUAAACGGUGAAUUGGCAGUGCCAGAGCUUGUUCCAGCACAUCUAAGCUUUCAAAUGCUGACAUUGAUGCAGAAUGAAGGGUUCGACUCUUACAUCCUGUCAUACAUGCUCUGCCAUCCACUCCACAUGCUGUUCCUUUUCCUUGGCCUUCUUGCACCCUCCGCUGCUACAGAUGGCGAUCAAUUCCUCUACACCGGAUUCGCCGGCGCGAACCUCACCCUCGACGGCGCCGCCACGGUCACGGCGGCCGGCCUCGUCGAGCUCACCAACGGCUCGACUCAUCAGAAAGGCCACGCCUUCCAUCCGGCUCCCCUCCGCCUCCGCGGGUCGCCGAAAGGCACGGUGCGUUCCUUCUCGGUGGCCUUCGUCUUCGCCAUCGUCUCCGGCUACCUCGACUUCAGCACCCACGGCCUGGCCCUCGUCGUCGCGCCGGGCAUCAAGAGCCUGUCCACCGCGCUGACGGAUCAGUACAUGGGCCUCACCAACGCCAAGGACGACGGCAAAGACACCAACCACAUGCUCGCCGUCGAGCUCGACACCGUGCAGAACAUCGAGUUCAAAGACAUGAACGCCAACCACGUCGGCAUCGACAUCAACACCCUCACCUCAUUGCAAUCCAAUGAGACGGGGUACUACCACGACAACAAUGGCAGCUUCCAAAAUCUAAGCCUCAUUAGCCGUGAGGCGAUGCAGGUUUGGGUGGACUACGACGGAGAGGCGACGCAGAUCAAUGUUACAAUUGCUCCCCUUGCAAUGGUGAAGCCCAAGAGGCCAUUGAUCUCUUACAUCUACAACCUGUCAACCGUGCUAGCAGAGCCGUCGUAUAUCGGCUUCUCGUCGGCAACCGGACCGGGGAAUUCACGGCACUAUGUUCUUGGUUGGAGCUUUGGCAUGAACAAGCCUGCUCCAGUGAUCGACAUCGCCAAGUUGCCGAAGCUUCCACAGUUGGGCUCCAAGCCUCGCUCAAAAGUCUUGGAGAUAACCCUGCCUAUUGCAAGUGCGGCACUAGUCCUCACCGUGGGCAUUGCCGUGGUUCUACUUGUGCGAAGGCGGCUGAGGUACACUGAGCUGCGCGAAGAUUGGGAGAGCGAGUUCGGGCCACAUCGGUUCGCGUACAAAGAUCUGUUCCAUGCCACAAAGGGGUUUAAGGACAAGCAUUUGCUUGGUGCAGGAGGCUUUGGCAUGGUAUACAGGGGAGAGCUUCAAAAGUCCAGAGUCGAGGUUGCUGUGAAGAAGGUGUCCCAUGGGUCGAAGCAAGGGAUGAAAGAGUUCAUCGCGGAGAUUGUAAGUAUCGGCCGCAUUAGGCACCGUAACCUUGUGCAGUUACUUGGCUACUGCCGGCGAAAAGAUGAACUCAUUCUGGUGUAUGACUACAUGUCCAAUGGUAGCCUCGACAAGUACCUGUACAGUGAAGAAGAUGGCCUAACAACCUUGGAUUGGGCUCAAAGGUUCCGUAUCAUCAAAGGUGUCGCAUCCGGCCUACACUUCCUCCACGAGAGGUGGGAGAAAGUCGUCAUCCACCGCGACAUCAAGACUAGCAAUGUGCUUCUGGACAAAGAAAUGAAUGGACGACUAGGCGACUUCGGCCUCGCAAAGCUGUACGAACACGGCGCCAACCCACAGACCACUCGUGUGGUUGGCACCACAGGGUACCUAGCUCCGGAGCUUGUGCGGACGGGCAAGGCGACCCCUCUUACCGAUGUUUUCGCCUUCGGCACAUUCAUGCUCGAGGUUACAUGUGGGCAAAGACCUAUCAAGCAAGACGAGCAAGGCAACCAGUUCUUGCUGGUUGACUGGGUGCUCCAGCACUGGCACAAUGGGUCACUCCUUGAGGUUGUGGAUCCCAAGCUGCGAGGAGAGCACAACUCUGAUGAGGUACGGUUUGUGCUUCAGAUAGGAUUGUUGUGCGCGCACCCAUCUGCCACUGCAAGGCCCAGCAUGCAGCAAGUCUUGCAGUAUCUUGAUGGGGAGACGCUGCUCCCGGAGAUGACGCGCGCGGACCUGAGCUUCAACAUGCUAGCUCUCCUGCAAAGGAAAGGGUUGCAUGUCAUGUCAUGGCCGUGCUCGUCAACGAUGGUGAGCGCCGGCACCAUAUCCGACCUAUCAGGAGGAAGAUGACGCUAGUGUUUGUUUGAUUUUAUUACUAGUAUGAAAUCAUGUCCGUUGCUUGAAUCCUUGCUCUUGUUUUUGGACUCUAGUGGUUAAAAUAUAGGCUACAUCACUUGCAUAGUUUUAUGUUAUAAAGACAGGGAUGCUGGUUAUUGAGAUUCAAGUUUUAUUGACAAAGAAUUUGUUUGAUACCUA